GCAAACCAAGUCAGAUACAAGGAAAACUCAACACAUUUCAAUCAUGAAAUCCUUGGGGACAUAUCAUAUAGGCACGAAACACGAGAAUCAUACUGGCUUUUAGACAUCAACACAUGAACAACUUCAAUAGAAACCUGGACGACCACCACAGAGGACAUUCGAGUGCACCAAAAUCGGGUAAAGGAAGAGUCUCCCUUCUGUUCACCAACCAGCCUAGACUUGACUCAACCACUUAUUCAAGACAAUCAUCUCAUGCAUAAAACUCAAGACAUCAAAACCAAGACCGAGCCAUCUAGGUCCUCACCGGGGUAAAGAGUGUAAAGAACAAGGAAAUGAAUCGCUCACUCUCGACCAGUGGGGUCAGGACAAUUUGAUGCGAAAAAUGCACAUACUUAUUCUCUCAAUCCCUAACGUCUCUUCACCAUGACGGCAGCCUCUAAAUGUUAGCGUUCACAUAAAUGGGUGUCAUCACUAACUAAUCCGGAGGUCUUAGACACAGGUUCAGAUGACUGGCUAGGGUUUUGGACAUGGGUAAAAGGCCUUUUAGGUAGUGGAAGUAUUCAUGGCACAAGGUUCCACAAUUCCCAACCCAACACAAUCACAGUCAAUCAAACCACUUACUUUCUUUCUGCCAUUCUGCAUUACUCACAUUCUCUAGAGCACAAGAGCAAAGGAGGUCACAUAAAUGUUAGUAUUUCCAAGCCAGACUGCUAAGAAACACUACUUAAUGGGCAAUAUUUAGAUUUUUGGUGAUGACUCUCUUUUGCUUUCAUUCAUCUUUUUUUUUUUCUUUUUUUUUUCAUUACUUGAGAGAACCACCACCUAUGCACAUUUUUGAAACACAUGCCCAACUUUUUAAGAACUACAUCCAACCCUCACAUCAUUUUUAGCAUAAACAGCAGAGAACAUGUAAAAACCACUCCGUGGAACCUUCUAAGAUAUGCAAAAGGGUGAUUUUCCAUUAUAAACCGAAAGAAAGAAAGUGACACGGCUCAAAGGGGCUGACUAGGGGGUAUGACACACCAUGCCAGUCAAUUUGGUCGUGGGCUAUUCAUAUGCCUCCAUUAUCUUAGCUAGUGACAACGUGAAUGCUACACAUCAUGGAAGAGGGGUCUAUCGCACAAGAAAGAAACGAGCAGGCUCAAAUCUCACAUGGCUACCUAUAUGCUCUAUCUCUCAUUCUGAUUCCCUGAACUAGAUGCAUAAACGACUGUCAAGAACAAGUGAUAAAUCCAAGUAACAUUUGGUAAGCAAACAGUUAAAAAACUGAACCCCUUACACAACUCUACUACACGUCUCAGUCAUCAUUAUAGGUCGUCCUAGUCACAAUCCAGUUGUCAUGCAUUAAUUCGAAAGUCAUUCAAUUCACCAAUUAAAUCCACAGUGCCAAUAUGAUCAAGCAAACAGCAGUGCUUGGAGCCCUCAAAUCUCGAGAUUUGGACAGCGGACUAGGCCCCAAGCGCCCAUAUAUAUAUUCCAAUGAAUACAAAGACCCCCCCCCCCCACACACACACUUAAAUUCGACAUUGCCCUCAAUGGAGCAGAGGGAAAGAUAAGGGGAACGAUGUUACCGGAAGGAAAGACUGCCGGGGGACUGGAAGUGGAGCACUCAGCGGGGCUAGCAUCAGCAAAACACACUGGGUGAUAGAAACCAUAGUUCCAAGUGGACAAACCAAAAAUAAACGAAAGGAAAACAUCGUUCCCCGGCAACGACACCAAAAACUUGACACGAUAAAACACAACACCAAACUGCGACCAAGUGUAAUCGCAGUCUGGAAAUGCAGUAACAGGCAAGCUCUAAUUGUCAACCCGGGGUCUAGAUCUACUGCCUACUCUGUGAAUAUCUAUUAUCUACCAAACUAAGCCGAGUAAUUCUGGGUGAAAUACAGGCUAAAUUAUCGUCGUAAUCAUGGUCUGCCCGUAAUUCACCCAAAACGCGCGUUUCACUAAACUCUGAGGAAGGUCAUUACGGUCGUAAUUACCCAAUUACUGCCAAUAUUUAAGUAAUUACAACCGUAAAUGAGUCCACUCUUGCCCGUAAUUUGCUCUGCGACAGGAAUUCUCAGGGAUUUAGGCUUGGCAUUCCAUUUACGGGCAUGACAGAAGCAAUUACACCCGUAAUUGGGCAGGGGCUGCCCGUAAUUCUUCCUCCGCUCCUGUUUAAUGCUUCGUUUCUCCCUCGUCCGGACUCCGAAUCAGUCACUGUUUGAACCCAGACGCUCGUAGUCUCGUCCUCUUUAUUUUCAUAACAAACUUCCACGAUUAUUUGUCCAUAAAAUGAGGUAGAAAUCCAUUAUUCCUCAGGCCAUGCUCGUGUUUCUUCUCCCGAAUUGCCAAAUGAAUUCCGAUUGACUUGAAACUUGCGCCUUUGCUUCAAUUUACAUGCUAGGACCUGAAAUGUGACAAAGGAACACAACCUAGCGUAAAAUAGUCCAAGAAAUCAAAAAAUCUAGCCAAAAUGAUGAAGAAACGAGGGUGCAAACAUGUGCAAAUACGACGUUAUCAGAUGGGUUUCCCCUUCCCCUCUCUUUUCUUGAUGAGUUUGUUUGUCUCUUUGCAGUUUCGUUCAUGGCCUCUGUCAUUAUUAUCUUUGGUUUCGGGUGAUUUGCUGGACGAGAGAAUUACUUUUGUAUGGCGGGCUUUCUUGACCACUCGAUGAGUCAUCUCAGUUCUUUCUUUUCAUAAUUUUGUAUUGGAUUGAGGAUUGGAGUUUAUCUUGGCUUUUAGAGGAAUUCCACCACUUAUUAACAGUGUUAUUUUUGUUUGAGCAUGGUCCUUCUGUUUAGUAUGUAUAUUUGAUUGAUGGGUUAAAGCCCCCAAUACUCUUUCCACUUUCACCUUGAAUUGAUUUUUGUUUGAGCAGUUCUUCAAUACAGAAGCUUAAAAUUGUUUUGCUGUCAACAACUAUACAUGUAUUUUGUGAUCAUUUAUGUUGAAUUUUUCCAUAGAUGUUAACCAAUUGUUGUUGAAAUUCAAUUGCAGGUCCUGACUUGGCAAGUUCUCCAAAAAGCUUCAAAAGAGAAAUCAGGAGGUACUGUGCUCUAGUCCGGAAAUGAUGAAGAUAAAAAAAACAACUCAACAUUCUCAGGGAUGGCCAGAAUUAUUGACACAGAAAGUGGGAGGUGCUCCAAACUAAAUGUUCAAGUUCAACAGAAAUGAUAGCGUAAAUAGCAAAGGCAACCCUGGACUUGGAGUGUUGUUCGUGAUUGGAAAUAUUAGUGAUGCGUCCAGUGUUAAAGCUUCCGGAUGCCGAGGUAGUCUUUGAAGUCCUGUUUAGAUCUAUUUUGUAAUCUCCCUUCUCCUUUUCUUUUCAUCUUACGUUUUUCAAUCAUCGCAUUGCAGUCCUAGGAAGGGAGAUGGUUAGGUUUGAAAGUUCAGCUUUUGGUUGUUUCCUCUUCGCGUUCUUGAUAACGAUGUAAUUGCACAUGUUUGCACCCCUAGUUCUUAUCCAUUUGUGGGGCAUAUUCGUGUAUUUUUGGCCUAUUUUACGCCGGUUAGUGCUACUCUGUCAUAUUUCAGGUCCCGGACGUCGAAGGAAAGGCUAAGCACGAGUUUCGGGGAAUUCGGAAGUCAUUCGGUUGAGCUGGAGCCAAAGCAUAGUGGUAAAUUGAUUCUGCGUGCUGGUGACGAACAUGCUACUUUUUCUGUGUCUGAGAAUGGGAAACACUCCCAUUUGCAUGAUGACAUAGAUUACUGUGAUGUGCUUGCUGAUUUUGAGACCGUACUCGCUAUAAUGAGUGCGGGUACUGACGAUGCUCUUGAGCGUUGUAUUUUGCUAGGUGAGCAGGCAUCGCAGGAGCCGCAGCUGGCGGAGCAGUUGGCCGAGCUGGAGAGUGGCACAUCCCUGGACGGCGACCAGCUGUUCAAACCGAUCUCAUCAUCACCCCGCAUCACUACCUCCUUGGAGGAACCACCAGAGCUGGAGCUAAAGCCCCUCCCUCCUCACUUGGAGUAUGCAUUUCUCCGGGAGGGGAAUAAGCUUCCAGUCAUCAUCAGCUCGACCCUCACACCCGAGCAGAAAGAAAGACUGGUGGCCUUGUUGAAACGGCACGAGCGUGCUCUAGCGUGGAAGAUCACAGAUAUCCGGGGGAUCAGCCCCUCCUUCUGCUCCCACCGGAUACUGAUGGAGGAUGAGAUGAUGAUAAUGAGACAGCCGUAGAGAGGACUGGCACCAAACAUGGAGGCUGUAGUUCGGGCAGAGAUCGUGAAGCUGCUGGACGCGGGGAUCAUCUUUGCCAUUUCCGACAGAGAGUGGGUCAGUCCCACCCAGGUGGUACCCAAAAAGGGUGGGAUGACUGUGGUGCCUAACAAGAAGAAUGAGCUCAUCCCGAUGCGCAUGGUGACCGGGUACCGUGUCUGCAUUGAUUACCAGCGUCAGAACGACGCCACUCGGAAGGACCACUUCCCGCUGCCGUUCAUUAACCAGAUGCUGGAGAGACUGGCGGGGCACGAGUUCUACUGUUUCCUGGAUGAGAUGUCCGAGUACUUCCAGAUACCCAUUGCACCGGAGGACCAGGCAAAGACCACUUUCAGCUAUCCCUUCGGCACAUUUGCCUACCGGAGGAUCCCAUUCAGGCUAUGUAACGCCCCCGCCACUUUUCAGCGAUGUAUGCUCGCCAUCUUUGACCGUCUGGUCGGCGAGAUUAUGGAGGCGUUUAUGGACGACUUCUCGGUUUACGGAGACUCAUUCUCUCACUGUCUCCAUAACCUGGAACUCGUCCUUAAACGGUGUGAAGAAACAAACCUGGCACUGAGUUGGGAAAAGUGCCACUUCAUGGUUCGCGAAGGCAUACUUCUGGGGCAUAAGAUCUCCAAGAUGGGGAUUUAGGUGGAUAGAGCAAAUAUUGAGACUAUCAGCAAGCUGCCUCCUCCUACAUCUGUUAAGGGGAUCCGGAGUUUUUUAGGCCAUGCAGGGUUCUACAGGCGGUUCAUCGAGGAUUUUUCGAAGAUCGCCCUGCCCCUGACUAAGCUUCUUGAGAAGGAUGCCCCCUUCCAGUUCACUGAUGCAUGCACAGUGGCAUUCUCGACCUUUGUUGGAGAAACUCACUCAAGCUCCUAUCAUGGUUGUUCCUGACUGGUCUCUGCCAUUUGAGCUGAUGUGUGAUGCCAGUGACUUUGUUGUUGAUGCUGUAUUGGGGCAGAGGCGAGAUCAGCACUUCCGACCUAUCUACUAAGCCUCAAAGACCCUGAAUGAUGCCUAGGAGAACUGCACCACCACGGAGAAGGAGCUGCUCGCGGUGGUGUUUGCCUUCGAUAAAUUUCGUCCUUAUCU